UUUGUAAUAACAAAUCACUUCAACAUGACUAUUCCGUUGCCACUGAUUCCAUCCAUCCGAGAAAUACUGAAGAUAUACCAUUUGAAUGCUAUAAAACGAUUGUCACAAAAUUUUUUGAUGGAUCAAAAUGUCUCGAAGAAACUCGUAUCAAAAGCAGGGAAACUCGAAGGGAAAAGUGUACUAGAAGUUGGUCCUGGUCCAGGUGCGCUUACCAGGCCUAUUCUAACACAGAUGCCAAAACGGGUGGUAGUUGUGGAAAAAGAUCGCAGAUUUAAACCGACUUUAGAUAUGCUGGCGGAAUCAUUUGCAGAAGUUAAUGGAAAGAUGGAUAUACUGUACGAAGACAUUAUGACAACAAACAUGGAAAGUCUAUUUCAAAUGGAAGAAAAAAGAAGCUGGGACGACAAGCCUCCGGACAUAUGUAUCAUAGGCAAUUUACCGUUUAGUGUAUCGACACACCUUAUAAUUAAGUGGCUACACGCAAUAUCCGAACGUCAAGGAGCUUGGACGUUCGGCAGGACGAAAAUGACAUUGACGUUUCAAAAAGAGGUGGCGGAACGUUUGGUGGCUCAACCAGGAGAAGAUCAACGAUGCAGGCUGUCUGUAAUGGCGCAAGCUUAUACGUAUCCACAACUUCGUUUUAUCAUACCUAGCAAAGCUUUCCUUCCAAUGCCGGAUGUCGAAGUAGGAGUGGUUACGCUCACACCGUUGGUUAAACCACACACGCAACACAAUUUUAAAUUUUUCGAGAAAGUAACGCGACACAUGUUCAGUUUCAGACAAAAGUACAGCGUACGAUGCGCGGAGACUUUAUUUCCAAUGAAUUGCCGUGAGGAAUUGAGUCUGAUGAUGUUCAAAUUGUCUCACUUAGAGCCGACCAUUAGACCGUUUCAACUCACCGUGGAUGAGAUAGACAGGCUAGCGAGUGCUUACAAGUAUUUGCUGGAGAAACAUCCGGAGCUCGAGUUGUACGAUUAUCGCGCAUCUCGGCGUGUGUUGCACUCGUCGAACACGCGAAAUGUCGUGGUGGAGGAUUAUGCGGAGACGGAAGAAGCGAGUAUCUAACCUAAAAGGAUGAUUUAUAAUUUCAAAAAAAAAAAAAAA